AUGGGCAUUGCCAGAAAGAUGUGCAAGCUUGGCAGCGAACACAUGAAUACGUAUGCUACGUCGGCCAUUCCAGACGGUGAACAUCCUUCCCCGCCGUCGAGGAGCGACGGAGCGCAUGCUCGCAUCCCCAUAUCAACCCUGGUCGGCGGUCGAUUCCCAGACCAGCAGAUCAUUCAUUCCCUGGUGGAAGAGUACUUUGAAACCGUCCACUGGUUCUCUCUGGUCGUAUGCGAGCGCCGUUUUCGGCGUAGCCUCUCUUCCGUGAACGACGGCUACGCGAACCCGUCAGACGCCCCGUUUCUUACCCUUCUCUCCAUCAUCCUGGCCAUGGCCGCUUGGUAUCGAUCCAAGCGCGCGGGUGUGGCAAACUGCCAAGAGUGGCAGCAAUGGACCAAGGACCUACUCCAUAUUGUGGAGACGCGAAUGGUCUACAUCAUGGAUGACCGGUCCAUCGCAGCGGUGCAGACGUGCAUCCUGCUGGGGUCGCACCUCGUCUACCAUGGGCGGCCCAACCUCGCGUUUGCUCUCUUGGGCGCCGCCAUCAAGAUCUCCCAUGCCCUGGGCCUCCACCGCCAUAUUGCUCAGGGCGAUGCCGAGGACAUUGAAGAACGGAAGAGGGUUUGGUGGACGGUGUACACAUGGGACCGGUUUGCGUCCAUCUGCUACGGUCGACCCAUGACCAUCAACGACGAAGACUGCGACGUGGAAAUGCCCACCGAGUUCGCCGAGUACCCGUACUUUAUGCAAGAGUCCAUGGAUCAGCACCGCCGGGACCGGGGCAUCGUGUACUCGCGCUACCAGACGGAGCUCAGCACGCUCUACCGCAUUGCGUCGCCAGCGUUGCGACAAAUCUUUGGCUUUCUCUCGCCAAGACUUUCGAAGCAGCGGUUCGAAACCGAAUACGCGUCCCUUGCCAGUGAGGUAACAGCGAAGCUGUUUGCGUGGCGGGACCAGCUACCUCCACAGCUGGUUCUCGAUCUGGACCGAGACUACCGCCCCGAGAACAGCGAUACGCAACUAAGAGCGCAUUUGCUGCAGUCACUCUCGCUGCAGCUGACGUUUGACAACCUCUUGAUCGUUCUCUAUCGGCCGUUUCUGGCUAGACAGGUCGACCACCUGUCGAUGGAGUCUGCAAAUCUACACGAUAGCCCAUUGCAACAUGCGCUUCUGAGCCGAAACUCCCCAGAGCCAUGUGCAAGCGACAGUGUCAGUCCACACGCCAGCGGAAACGACCAGAUCGUGAACCAUGCCAUUGGCCGUUCCGAGUACUGGCUAAACGCAGCGAUGGGGACCACGCGCAUUACGGAGCUUCCCAACCUUGCAGGGCUCGCCAAAGACAGCCACCUGAUCACCUUCAUGGCCAUCAACGUCUUUCAUGCGGGAAUUGUGCUGAUUCUGCUUGCGUUGUCCGACCCCUUGUCCGAUCGGGCUCAACGACUAAAACGGAUCGUGUCCCGCGUGCUUCACUUGCAGCAGGAAAUGGGUGAGCAGUCGGCUCUCUCGCGGCAAAGCGGCAUGGUCUUGCAGAACCUCGUGGCCUUGCUCGUGAAGCGAGAGGGCGAUGCCAUGCUCGGACGUCUCGCGCCCGCAACGGCACAGGGUAGAGAUGGCCGCGGCGGCCUCGCGCGGCACGAACAGAUGGCUACAUCUGCACCGACGUUGAGCACCGCUCAUCCUCGACCCGAUGAAGCACAAGACCCCGGAUCUGGUUUCUUUUCCCCAGUGGAUGGGCAAGUGUGGCCAAACGUCGGUGUGGCGCAGCGUCUCAAUGAGAGCCUCGCAUCCGUACAGCACGCGUUUCCGACAACGCAAGAACCACCAAUACCGGGCGCCAUGCCCUCAGCCCACGGCAACAUGGCCAUGUUUGGGGAAGACACAGCAAUGCACGGCGGGCUUGGAGGCGAAUAUACGGCCCCUGUAGAAGGCCACGAGACAGAAAACUUGAGCAACGAGUUUUUCUGGCUCUGGGACGUCAACUGGGGCGGUGGUUACCCGCAAACAUAG